GAAGCUGCAGCUCAUCCUACGCAUGGUGCCCCCUCCACUGUCCUCCUCACUACGCUGUGACAGCAAGGACAGCAGCUGCUGCCAUAGCACCUAGGGCACCCUGUCUAGAUCUCUUCACACCUACAAGAAGCAUCUGCAGGCAGAGGUACACUUACAUGAUUUCUAAAGAGGAGCUGGACUGCAGCACUGACCCAGAGCACAACACAUCCAGUGGUAAGAGGCUGCCUGCCAUUCCAUCCGACUGCAGGAUCCAGUGCACACAGGAAGUCGCACAGAAGAAUGGAUUACAGCUACGACGAGGAUCUGGACGAGAUGUGCCCGGUGUGUGGGGACAAGGUGUCCGGCUACCACUAUGGGCUCCUCACGUGCGAGAGCUGUAAGGGUUUCUUCAAGCGGACAGUGCAAAAUAACAAGCGGUAUACCUGCACAGAAAACCAAAGCUGUAAAAUAGACAAAACUCAAAGAAAGAGGUGUCCAUACUGCCGUUUCCAAAAAUGUUUAAAUGUAGGAAUGCGACUGGAAGCUGUUCGUGCUGACCGAAUGCGAGGAGGGCGCAACAAAUUUGGGCCUAUGUAUAAGCGGGAUCGUGCCUUAAAGCAGCAGAAAAAAGCUCUGAUCCGUGCUAAUGGUAUCAAACUGGAAACUGUCCCUCAGAUUGUGUCCCCAGCUCAAAGUGACUUCACCAUCCCAAGCAACAUCCAUACCAUUCAUCCUGUAUCUAAAAAUGUGCCAUCAAACCCAACUCCAGUGACACCUGUUGAAUAUGAUAGAGGCCCCUAUGGAGCUCCCCCACUGGGAAUGACUAUGCCCAACCACCCUCCCCUGUCUGGCUACCACUAUUCCACUUUCCAGAGCCGUGCCAUCAAAUCUGAAUACCCAGACCACUACACAAAUAUGCACGAGCCACCUCCUGCAGGACCUUAUCUAUAUACUGAGCCCUACACCAGCACUUCUCCACCAGACAUACCUGAAGUCAUCCUUAAGCUACUACAACUGGAGCCAGAUGAGCCUCAGGUAAAAGCGAGGAUAUUGUCUUGCCUACAGCAGGAACAGAACAAGAGCCGACACGAGAAACUCAGCAUGUUCGGCUUAAUGUGCAAGAUGGCCGAUCAGACUCUCUUCUCCAUAGUGGAGUGGGCUCGGAGCUGCAUCUACUUUAAGGAACUGGAGGUCAGUGACCAGAUGAUUUUACUGCAGAAUUGCUGGAGUGAACUCCUAGUCUUUGACCACAUCUACAGGCAAAUGCAACACAGCAAAGAGAAUAGCAUUCUGCUGGUGACUGGACAAGAGAUUGAAAUGUCAACAAUCACGGCCCAAGCGGGAUCAACAUUGAACAACUUGGUCCUCAGAGCUCAAGAGCUGGUCAUUCUUCUACAUUCUUUGCAGGUGGACAGGCAGGAGUUUGUUUGCCUGAAAUUUCUUAUACUCUUUAGCCUCGAUGAAAAGUUCCUGGAAAACCACAAUUUAGCCAAGAGCGCUCAAGAGAAGGUCAACUCUGCCCUCCUGGAAUACACAAUGUGCCACUACCCCCACUGUACGGACAAGUAUCGUCUACUUCUUCUGCGGUUAGCUGAAAUUCGAUCCAUCAGCAUGCAAGCAGAAGAGUAUCUUUACCACAAGCACCUUAGUGGGGAAGUUCCCUGCAACAACUUACUAAUUGAAAUGCUCCAUGCCAAGCGAGCUUGAGAAGCUCCAUCCGGAAACGGCUCUAUAUUGAAGCCUUCAAGGGAUUGUUCCACCUAAAGAAGCCAGGGACUCUGCAAAGAGUGAAACCAUUUUUAUCAAUGCUGCCUGUCCAGAAAAAAAAAAAAAAUCUUUGGUGAUAUAUUUAACCUAUAGUAUUGGAAAGUUUCAGAUUUAUUUUAAUAUAAUUGUGGCUCUUUACGGAGUGGUCUAUUACGUGUAUUGAAUUUUUAAUAUGCCAUUUGUGUUUUUGUUCAUGAUGAUCUAAAUGCUUCUUAACAUUAAUGUGAAGAGAAAAAAACAACCGCUACAUGUGUGGGUGAUCUAUAGGUAUGUUUAUUUAAAACUUUCUUAAGAUACCAUUUUAUUACUUUAACAUAUGUCCAAAGUUCAGCCAUAUUGGUGUGCUUGAAUAUGGCUUGGUCGCUGAAUCCAUUUUAUUCAGAUCCGUUGUGAAUGUGUUUAUAGUUCGGCACAAUAAGUCUAAAGCACAUAUUUUAAAGGAUCCAACAAAUAAAAGACUAUUGCAUUAUGUAAA